GCGAUUCAGUGUUGAACGAACUUUUGUUGCGUCUGGUCAAUGUGAAUCGCAAGUUCUGCUUAGCGUGUAAACACCGUGUAUUGUACUUACACACGCUCGCAGCUUUGUCGUCGUUGUCAUGUUUAUCCGGAGCCUACGUUACUCGCUUGAGCUUAGUGUUGUUUAUGUGCUUGCUCGCCUACCUGUGCGCUUGGGUCAGGUCUGCAGAAGUGAAGUGUAAACAAGUUUUGCGCCCCAGCUUCAACGCGUGCGCCUAGUUGGUAGGUGUUUUGGACUAUCGUAAUUGUCGUUGUUGCCUUUGUUAUUGUUGUUAUUCGUUGAUUCAACACAGCUGGGUUUACCUGCGCCUACUCUCUGCGCUCGGCGUGUGUAAUUCACUAGUUCGUUGCUAGUUCUCUUGCUGCUCCAAAUUCGCCAAUGCAUUCGCGUUCUAACAUUUUAUUUGCAUCGUUUGUGUUGUUGCAAUUGUUGUUGCCGUCAUUGCUGCCAACUUGCAAUCUGAGCCUUUUCGGUAGGACUGCUAUUGUUGUUGCCGCUGCCGCUGCUACUGCUGAGUUUUGUGUUUUGUUCAACAGUGCAGCCGCUUAUAUUUUAUAUAAUUUCAAUAAAAUAUAUGUUCACACCUGUACAUACGCAAUGCUCGUUUGUGAAGUUUAAUCAAAAUAAAUAUUCAAAACUCGUAAAAUAAUUAUCAUCUCUGCUGUCGUCCGUCGCGAAUGUCUCUUAUGUAAAUAUACCUUCGUACAAAUGUGAAUUCAAUAAAAUAAAUAAAUGAUAAAAUUAAAUAAAGGAGUGUUCGUCAAAGUGUUCAAGUGUGCUUAAAACUACAAACAAACUGACUACAACAACACACGCAUCUUGGAUAAAAUGAUGGAAAGAGCAAAUUUUCGGUGAAAAACAAAAAUAACUAAAUUGAAAUCCAUGCAAAAUAUAUUUUAAAACAACUGAGAAUCAAUAACAACUAUGAUAAGAGAAGCGCACGCCUGCUAAAUAAAUAACAACAACAAAUUACAAAGGCAGCAAAAUAAUUGAAAACUGAAAUUAACUGCUGCGCUGCGAAAUUGUAUGUAAUUUUGCAAUUAUCCCUUUUCAUUUCCAUCUACUGCCAUAUCGGAGGUAAAUUACCGACAAACAUACAAAAAACAACAUGCUUGCGCUAUUAUGAGUGAUUGUGAAUACACAAGUGUUAACUGUACAUGUGUUUGUGAGCGCGAUUACUUGGCCUUUGUUGAUUGCGAUUGCAACGCCAAAAGUAAAACCGAGCGAAGAAAUCGCCAUUAACUAGUUUACUAGAGACAUUACGGACUGUACUGAGGUACAUAGUUAGUUUCUACAAGAACAACAGAAAUAAGAACAAGAAAUAAAUAAAGCAUUCAGUAGAGUGCUCGCUGUUGUUGUUGUGUUAUUUUGGCAGGUUGCACAAGAUUAUCUCGCACACAUCCUGUUGUAACGUGACUUUUACCACCUUACAAUAAUUUACGUCAACUUCGUUCCACAGUACAUCAUGUACCCUCACCAUACCACCAUACGUACUAAACUUCACCGCAUUGACUACGCACACAACUUACCUCACUACGAUGAUGAAAGCUGCUAGAGCUUUCCACCAUACGUACUAACGCACCAUACGCAUACAACUUACCUCGCUACGGUAACGAAAGCUGCGCGAUGCUGCUAUAAAAGCAAGCACUUUACACCAAAUGCGAUCUUUUGCUCCAGCUCGCCGAACCGGACGGUCGCCCAGCAUCGCGCAGGAAAAUAGCAGUAAGCAGGGAGGAGCCCGUCGUAUACAUCACCGUGCCAGUCACAACAAGCGUCAACGCCUGGCUUACCAAUUCCGUUCAUUGUCAUCACCGUGCCAGUCGCAACAAGCGUCAACGCCUGGCUCAUCAAUUCCGUUCAUUUUCAUCAUCGUGCCAGGUCCAACAAGCGUCAACACCUGACUCAUCAAUCCCGUUCGUUUUCAUCACGCUGGUCUGGCUAUCCGCAUAAGGAGUGGGGGUGUGGAUAUAACUUUACGAGGAUAAAACUCGUCUCUUUUUUGCUAAGGGUUCGUGGGUCCCAAGGCUGACCCUGGAGCGGCUGAGCAUUCCUCAGCUAUGGACGAAACCCCAUUACACUGUUGCAUCGCAUCGCCGCAGUUUCGCAGCUUUGCUGAUUGUAUGGCAUUACAAUUUUAAAUCAAGUACACCGAUUUCUUUCUCCCAAAAGCCACACAAUGUCAACGCCACACACUUUGAGUCGAAGUGCAGCAGCAAGCACAGCGCGUUUGUUAUUGUUCUUGUUGUUGCUUAGUUGUCAACGUAUUGCGGGUAUUUUGGGCAAAUCACAGCUGUGCGAAGUUGAAACGGGACAAACGAAUAUUAUAUUGGAUAUUGAAGAGAGUCGUGGUGAUUUUAUUGGCCAACAAACCACGCCGCCGGAGUUGCCAAUUUACGGUGAUCCCUACACGGAAAUUGCACUGAAUCUAGUCUUCCCAAAGGGGAAUCCGACAUUCCUGCUGGACGGCAAAAAAUUGCAGCUGCUGCAGCCGCUCGAUCGCGAUGAGGAGAAUCUGAGUCACAUUGUCUUUCAGGUUUCCUGUUCGAUUCGCAACGCAACCAACAAACGACGCAGCAUUCCGAUUAUUGUGCGCGUAUCUGAUGUCAACGACAAUGCGCCGCGCUUCAUGAACACACCCUAUGAGGUCACCGUGCCGGAGAGCACUCCGGUUGGCACGACGAUCUUCCGCCACAUUCAAGCGCUGGACAAGGAUGCUGGUGUUAAUGGACUCGUCGAGUAUUUUAUUGUUGAGGGCAACACAAACACAACGGAAGAUGAGACAAUGACAAUUGCCGAUGGUUAUGGUACAUUUGCAAUUUCCUUUCCCCAUCAAGGGCAGGUGACUGUCGCCAAAACGCUGGAUUACGAGAAGGUGCAACGUUAUUAUCUAACAAUCGUCGCAGCGGACCGCGCACGCAACGUUUCGGAGCGCCUAUCGUCGACUACCACGCUGACGGUGAACGUAGCCGAUUCGGACGACCAGGAUCCAUCGUUUAUUUAUCGUGGCUGUGUGCUACUCGAUGGCGCCUGCAUCAAUCCCGAGUACUCCGCCUCGGUGCCGGCCGGGUCGCUGCAAGGUGUGCUCACCGUUACGCCAGAACGCAUACAGGCCGUUGACUUGGACACGAUCAGUUCGCCAAUACAUUACUCCUUCGCCAGCGGCAUGCCAAACAAUUAUGCAGAUUACUUUGAGAUUGAUGAGCAGACGGGCGUGUUGAAGCAGAUCAAAGCGGUGGACACGUCGACCGCCAAAAAAUAUGAUAUUGUCGUGAAAGCCGAGGAAGUGUCAAUGGCAAAACGCUUCACCACCGCCAAGUUGACGAUCAAUGUGAAGCCCGUCGAUGCCAAUCCACCAGUUAUAAGUGCAAGCGAUAUUGACGGCUAUGUGGACGAGAAUUCGCCCAUCGGUACACGUGUUGUUGACGCAAAUGGUCGUCCAAUCUCUUUUAAAACCACGGACGCCGAUUUGGGUGAAAAUGAUCCCAAACCCGACUAUAUUUACGAGCUAACAACGCCAUCUUUUAACGUUACAAACGACGGUAUUUUGAUUGUCAAUGAGGAGGGCUUAGAUCGUGAUCCACCAGCGCCCGGACGCUACAAAUUCCAAGUGGUUGCACGUGAACCCCGCACAAAUGCGGCCAGUGCGCCACUCAGCCUUACCGUACACCUACGCGAUGUGAAUGACAAUCCGCCCAAGCUCGCAAUGGUGCCACCAAUCACGAUUACCGCCGGUGAUGGUCAACGCAAUGUCACUAAGGUGAUUGCCACGGACAAUGAUGAAGGCGAAAAUGCCAUAAUCACAUAUUCUAUCUAUCAUGUAUCCAAUAACGGACAGCAGAAGUUCCACAUCGACGAGAAGACCGGUGAGAUAGAGACGAGAGGCCGCUUAUUGGCAGGCGAACAGUAUAGCAUAACAGUGCAGGCAACAGAUAAUGGUGGGCUUUCUUCCCAAGCUAUUGUCGAAAUCGCCGUAACACCGGGACCGAAUACGAAACCGCCAAAGUUCGUCAAGCCCAUUUAUGAGGUGCAAGUUAGCGAAGGUGCUGAGAUCAAUUCCACCGUAACGGUAGUGCAUGCCGAAGAUCCUGAGAAUGAUCCGGUGGUGUACUCUAUCGUUUCGGGCAACGAUUUGCGCCAAUUCGCUGUAGGUCAAGAAAGUGGUGUCAUUAUGGUGAUACGCAAAUUAGAUCGUGAAAGUCUCACACGCUAUCAACUUACUGUGUUAGCCGAAGAUAAUGGCGGUCUAUCGAGCAGUGCCACGGUGAAUAUCAAAGUGACCGAUAUCAAUGACAAAAACCCCGAGUUCGAUGAGUCCACACUACCAUACGUAUUCGAAGUGGAUGAGGGACAGAAGGAUGCUUUUGUGGGCAUUGUACAUGCUACAGAUGCAGAUGAGGGUAUCAACGCUGAGAUCACUUACUCCGUGCCACAAGACAUACCCUUCGCCAUCGACGGUAAGUCGGGUGAGAUACGGACCGCCGCGCCUUUGGAUUAUGAGCGUCAGAAAGAGUACCGCUUCGUGGUGACCGCCAAGGAUGGGGCGCCAGAUGCGCGUCUCGGUACGGCAAGCGUUACAGUGCAGGUGCGUGAUCUGCCCGAUGAGGUGCCGAAGUUUACGGAUGCACGCAUUGAUGUGCAUGUGCCCGAAAAUGAGGCCGACUACUUGGUAGCAACCGUACAAGCUUUCGAUCCGGAUACGGUACAACAGAUCACUUACGUGCUACGCAAAGGUGCGUCUGAUCUCUUCAAGGUAUCGCCACAAACAGGUGAAAUACGCACCACCACUGGGCUGGAUUAUGAGAAGAAGAAGCAGCAUGAACUUAUUGUUGGCACAAUUGAGAAUGAUGGCGAUGGACCCGGUGACACGAUACGCAUUUUUAUCGAAGUUGACGAUCGCAACGAUGUGCGUCCGGUCUUUGCGGCUGUACCGGAACCUGUUACAGUUAACGACGAUCAAUCGAUCGGUACGCGUAUAGCAACAAUGGCGGCUAUAGAUGGUGAUGGCUCUUCGCCUGGCAAUGUGGUGCGCUACGAGAUGGUCGGACGUGGCAAGGCAUUAAAGUAUUUCCAAGUGGAUGCCGAUUCGGGUACCGUGCGUAUAAGAGAUGAUUUGCGCAAGGAGGAGGACACCGAGUAUCAGGUGGAUAUACGCGCUUACGAUAUGGGUGAACCGCAGCUGAGUUCCGUAGCCACUUUGCCGGUGUUCGUACGACAUCUGUUGAUCGAUCCGAACGAGAGCAAUACGAUGGAGGGUAAACUGAAUGACGGUGCCAUAAUGAGUCCAGAGAGCAUAGGUUUGGCUUUCAGCGACGACAGUUAUACUACCGGUGUACCAGAGACUACCGGCAUAAAUGCAACGAUUAAAGUGAUACAAGUAAUUAAUUCAAAGAAGUCGCGCGACGGCACACCAAGCUUUAAAUGCGAAAUAAUCAACGGCAAUGAUAUGGACUACUUCGAUAUAAUGACCGAAGAUCACGGUUGUGGUGUAAAAUUGAUAAAGCAUCUCGAUUUUGAGAACACCACCGCCUACUCGUUGAGCAUACGCCUCAUUUCCCACAAAUACUUCGUGAAUCCGCAAAGAAGCUUGGCUACGGUGAAAAUAAUUGUGCAGGAUGAAAACGACAAUGCGCCCGAGUUUAUUUUCAAUCGUGCGCACCCCACACGUAAAGACACUUUCUACGCGGUGGUGGCUCCCGAAGUGGACAUCGACACACCGAUCCUGCAAGUACGCGCCACCGAUCGUGAUUCCGGUAAAUACGGCAUGAUACGUUACAAGAUUUACGAUGAAGAGGACAAUGUAAUCAGCGAUGAGAAUUUGCCCACAACCUACUUCGUCAUGACUGAAGAUACCGGCAUCCUGCGCACGGCAAAACUCUUCCAGGACGGUGCGACGUUCCCCAUGAUGUUCUAUGUGGAAGCGCGCGAUAAUGACGGUCAAGAGCUGGGUUCGCAUCACACACGCGCGCGUAUUGUGAUCAAUCAGAUAACCGAUCAGCAUCGCAUGUCUUUGGCCUUCUCCGAUUCGGCACCAAAUGAGAUACGCAAUCACUACAGCGCUUUGGAAGAGCUGCUGGAAGAGAAGACCAAUGGGCUCAUAACCGGUAUAGAGCGCUUCAGUAAUCGUAAAAUUUUAACAGAGAAUGGCACGAUCGUUGAAAACCCCGCCGCAACGGAUGUCUGGUUCUACUUGAUCGAUCCCAAGACAGAGCAGAUACUUCCGCGCAAUGAUACCACGGUGCGUGAGGCGUUACUGGAGCCGACAGCACGCGCUGAGCUCAACUUUGCCGCUUCUGGUGUGGCGCAUGCGACCGCCGAGGGUAUAUAUGCACCCAUUGAGAUGAAGCAGCAAGUGACCAGGGUUAAAGCAGCUAUAGCAAUCAACGAUGACGUAUUCCCCUACACGCUAAUCGCCAUCUCGAUAAUCAUACUCAUACUCGGCACCAUCGGCAUCAUCUACAUUUGCAUCUCGUGGUCAAAGUACAAAAACUUCAAACAGCGCAUGCGCCAAUACGCCGCGCCCAGCCCCACGCGCUACGACCCGGUAAUUGUAAACUCGCAAGCGGCCAACUCCGGCGACGCCGUAGCCAACAUGAAAGAGUAUGAGACACAAGUGUUGGCCAUGGCUGUGCCACCAGAUGGCGAUGAUGAUCUCCAGUUGGACUUCAGCGCCAAGAAUCAUGCCUUCUCGCUGGACAACGUCAGCUACAUUACGCACAAAGAGAACGGCACGAGCGGCGGUCAGGCGAGUCCAUCGCAUUCGGAUGCAACGACCGCCACAAUUACCACUUUGCGUCGCAAUAACAAUAACAAUAAUCUGAAUAAUAUGGCGCAUAAUAACAGCAAUAACAAUAAUAACAACAACAUGAACGGCAUGAAUAAUCGCCAGAACACAUUUAACCGCACGCUGGAAAUGAAUGCGCGCAACAAUGCAAACCCGCUAGCGGCGGCCGCAAAUGGCACGCUGCCCGGCACUUUGACGCUGGGUCGUCUCAAGCAUCAAAAUGGCGCCACCCACUAUCAGAACGGUGGCUACAAGCUCGACGCUGUGAGUCGCAAUAAUCUGGCGAAUCUUCAGAACAAUAGCUACAGCACAAUGGGUCGACGGGGAAAUACAUUUGGCGGGCCAAAUGGUCUGAAUAGCUUGAAUGGCGGCGCUGCUGAUGGUAGCGGGAAUGUUGGUGAGUUGAUGACAAACACGCUGGGACGCAACAAUCAUCAGCAUCAUCACCUCAACAGUCGCGGCUAUGCGGACGUGCCCAUAACGAACCCGCUCUUUCAACGCUCCAAUGGGGACCUGAGCCACAUAAGUACCACCAAUGAAAAUGUCACUUUCGGCAAGCGUGAUUAUGGACAGUUAGGUUUUUCUUAUUUAAAUGAUUUAGAUCGUUCAGAGGUUGAGACGACAACGGAGCUGUAAAAUUAGAAGAUUUUGAAAACCAACGAAUAUUUGCGACAAUUUUUUAAAAAGCUAAAAUAUUAAUAAACACUUAUGAGCAGCUGGAGAGAAGAUAAAAUCGAAUAAGAAGGCUAAAUUAUAAAGGAGAAUAUAAAAUUAUACAAAAUUAUAAAAAAUAACAAUUUCUCUGCUGUAAGGCGCAUUUUAGGCACUAAAAACCUGCUAACUUCUCUCUGCGCUCUCUCAUUUGAGGCGGCUCAUUUGUGUAUUGAAAACGAACAAUAAUAAUAACAAUAACCCACACAAUGCCAAACUGAAAUAGUUUAGGAAAAUCAACUAAAUACCUUGACUCAUAAGUACUGUAUAAUAAAAAUAUAAAAUGUAUGUGUAAUGUUAAAUAAUUGCAUUACUUAGCUGCCACUACAUACAAAUCUUCAGUUUGUAGAAAUUUUAAGUGAAAAUUUUCAUUUUUCGAACGUAAAUAUGUUGCGAUUUAUUAUACACACACUUGUUUGUUUGUAUGUAACGAAAUGUUGCCAUUAAGUAAUCAACCCUAGUUAAGCUCAACAUAAGGUAAACUAAAAUUAGCUUUUCUACUGCAAAUGUAUGUAUGUAAUAUAGUAAUUAAGUAGCCUAAGCUUGUAAAUACCACUAUAAAUACAUAUUAGGUAUGCAAAUUUUUCAAGUUUUAUGUAUGUAUACAUGUAUAUUAAUAGAUUAGUACUUCAAAAAUGCUGCUGUUGAAUGUAAUGAUUACUGAUUCGCGUAUGAAAAAUAUGUUUUAGGUGGAAAUAUAUUUUUUAAAGUCAUUAGUUGUUAGAAAGCGUGAAAAGUGUAGGCAUAAUAUUGAGCAUUAAAAUUUGUGUGGACAAGUGGAUACUUUACGCAUGAAAUGUUUAGUUGUUGUAGGAAAUUUUUGAAUAGAAAAAUAUGUUUCUAAAAAGGUUUAAUGAAACUGUAUGAAGAAGAAACAAUUAUUGAAUGCAAACAGCUUUAUAAAAUUUUAAAUAUUUUCUGAAUGUUAAUAAUGUUGUUGUUGUAGCUGCAUAAAGUAUCUGUUUAAAAGACUUUUGUCUUUUGCAGUGCAAACAACUAUUUCAAGUAUAUUUCGACUAAUACUGCAACAAUCUCAUUCGCUUGUUAUUAUUGUUGUGGUAGAGCAAAAUUAAAAAAACGCAAGUUUAAAGAUUAAAAUAAAUAAUUUUUAUUAUCAAAACUUAUUAUAGACAAAACUCUAGUAACUUAUUAUUAUUAUAUUAGUUAACUAUAUUUAGAAUUGCUGAAAAAAAUGGAAACUUAAUUAAAUCUUUUUCUAAAAACACAACUAUUUUUUUGUAAAAAUCAUAAGGUGACCAUUUUAAACGGAGAAAAAUACAAAAACUCGAAAAGCAGCAACAAUGUUCAAUAACCAUACUUAACUAUGUAUAUGCAAUAAUGUUGCCAGCAACAUGUUGCACGCCAAGUCGAAACUUGUGAUAAUUAUUUCCAUUAAAUUAUGUAUGUAUCUUCAAAUUUGCGGUAUUUGAGCAAACCUAAUGAGUUCUCAGCAACAUGUUGCUGAAAGAAAUGUUGCACGCCAAUUCUAAACUUGUCAAUUAUUUCCAUCAAAUUAUAGCUUUUCAAAUUUGCGGUAUUUGAACAAGCCGAACGAAUUCUCAGCAACAUGUUGCUGACACAAAUGUCGCACGCCAAUUCUAAACUUGCCAAUUAUUUCCAUCUAAUUAUAUCUAUUCAAAUGUGCGGUAUUUGAACAAGCAUUGCCAAGCAAGGCCUUUUAACAAUUCUCAGCAACAUGUUGCUGAAACAAAUGUUGCACGCCAAUUCUAAACUUGUCAAUUAUUUCCAUCAAAUUAUAGCUUUUCAAAUUUGUGGUAUUUGAACAAGCCGAACGAAUUCUCAGCAACAUGUUGCUGAAACAAAUGUUGCACGCCAAUUCUAAGCUUGUCAAUUAUUUCCAUCAAAUUAUAGCUUUUCAAAUUUGCGGUAUUUGAGCAAGCCUAAGGAAUUCUCAGCAACAUGUUGCUGAAACAAAUGUUGCACACCAAUUCUAAACUUUUCAUAAUUAUUUCCAUCAAAUUAUAUCUAUUGAAAUUGACGGUUUUUGAAUAAGUCCCAUGAAUUCUCAGCAACAUGUUGCUAAAACAAAUGCUGCAAAGCCGUGUUUCUUACAGUUCGUAUGUUGAAAAUGAGAAUUUAUUACAAUAAGCGAAAAUGUAAUUAGCAACAUAUUGCAGCAAUAUGCGAAAUGUUAUUUAUGCUUAAAUUUUGAUAUAAGAUGGAAAUGUUAGGCAACGUUUUCUUCAAAUUUCAAACGUAUUGUAUCUACAUAAAAAUUUUGUUAUGCCGUGUUUUUCAUAAUAUUUGUUGCAAUUAUUUUCAAUCUGAACCACAAAAUUCUGUUUUUUAUAAACUACUAUUUCCGAUAUAUUCCGAUUAUAUUCAUCAAAAUUCAUCUUUCAGAAAUUUAUUUUUUAAAUAACUGUAUUUGAACUCCCAAAAUUUAUAUUAAACUCCCUAAACUUGGAUAUUAGAAAAAAUAGAAUGGUUAAAAAUAUUUAUAAAAUAAUAAAAAUUUGUAAAAUUGUUUAAUUUUUUAGUUGUAUAAUAAACAAGAAUGCAUGUAAUUAUAACUAAACUAGUAAUUAGAAUAAUUUAGUUUAUGUAUGUAGCGAACAAAAAUGUAUGUAUAUGUACAUAAAAUGGGUAAAGAGCGAAAUUAUAUGCCUAAACUUGACUAGUUAAAUAAAUAUCGAAUUAAUAAAAAAUAAAAA